UGAUCAUUUCGUCUUUCUUCAAUCUUUCAGAACCGGCAUACGCUUACAUAACCUCAUAAGCAAUGGGGACUUCGUAUAAGCUUGGAAUGGACGAACUUUCCGGUCGGUCUUCCAACAGCAUAUGGAAGGCGCUGGUCGCUGAAUUCAUUGGUAUCUUCAUCCUGAACUUUUUUGGCUGCGCUGCAUGUACUCAUGCAGCUGGAGAUAAAACACUCAUUUCACUUGCUUUUGGUCUGAGUGUAUUCAUGGUUGUGAUGUCUAUCGGGCACAUUAGCGGUGGACACAUCAAUCCUGCAGUAACUGCUGGCUUACUUGCGGCUGGCAAAGUCAGCAUUGUUCGAGCACUUUUGUACGUCGUCGUAGCUCAAUGUGCCGGAGCAGUGGCUGGAACUGCUUCACUAAAGGCACUUUUACCGGAAGCAUACCAGAAUGGUCUUGGCAACACAGGCCUUAAAGAAAACGUCCAAGAUAUGCAAGGAUUGGGAAUUGAGUUCUUCCUAGGUUUCAUCCUGGUACUGUGCGUUUUCGGAGUUUGCGAUGAGAACAAACCAGAUUCACGCUUUGUUGCCCCAUUGGCUAUCGGCAUGACGGUUACUUUGGGUCAUCUCGGAGUUGUAGAGUAUACCGGUUCCAGCAUGAAUCCCGCUCGCUCGUUUGGAACGGCAUUUAUCGGUGAUAAUUGGGCUAAUCAUUGGAUCUAUUGGGCUGGACCUAUUUUGGGCGGUAUUUGUGCUUCUCUUCUGUAUUGCCAAGUGUUCAAAGCACCUCAACCAGAAGGAGAAUCCGCCUCAGAGCGCUACCGUGUAGCUGCUGACGAGAAAGAGGCUUACAAUACCCACUUAAAGCUGAAAUACAUUGAUGAAGAUGCAUAGAUCAGCUAAAACGUUUGGAUGGAAAACGUGAUAUGGCCUGAGGAUAUCUCCAGCAAGCUGCAUUCUUUCAACAGCAUUUAUCUAUGCAGUUGAACAAAUAUUCAUUGAUAGAAUAUUUGUGGAGCAAAUAGAUUUUAAGUGUUUUACUAUUGGAUAAGAUGCAAGAUUUUAAGCCUACUGAAACAAAACAUCUAGUUAAGAAAAAUGCGAAAAUAUCAUUAAAAAGCAAAAUGUGCCACGAAUAAAUAAAAUAUUUAUAAACAAUA